AUGAUGUGUGAGAGCGAUAACGAAAGUGAGAACAAUUCGUCGGCUCACAUUUCUGUUUUUGAGCAUCGCGCAUACAUUAAAAUCGAAACGAUUCGUGGUAAAACAGUGCCUGAAAUUCAUGCCGCGUUAAAUGAAGUGUGUGGAACGGAUACUGUGGAUCGUAGUACGGUGCAAAGAUGGCAUCAGCGAUUCCGUGAUGGUCGUAUAAGUAUUGAUAACAACCCUCGCUCUGGCCGACCCUCUACGGUUACUCAAGACAACACUAACGCGGCUAUUCUCGCAACUCUACUCGAUGAAGACCGACGAAUAACGGUGAGAGAGAUAGAGAAUGAAACAG